GAGUUUCAAGGGCGUUGGAUCAGUACACUAGGAUCAUCGACCUCUACAUCGCGUGUGAGGGCAUUCCUGAGAGGCUCGGCAACGACUGCAUUUUGCCUCGAUCGAAGCACCAGUGCUUUUUUGAAGGGGAGUCGAAGCUCAUUCCAGUCGAGGUGGUCGAUUUCUUCAAUGCUGUCAAUGACAAAACCAAGUGGGGUCUUAAAGGAGUUGAGGAGAGGGAGUUGUCGGACUACCUCUAUGACUUCACUAACGGCAACGGUGACGUGGCCUUUCCAGUAGUGGAGGCCUUCGAGAAGCAGCAUGGUUACGUCAGUCUGGACGUCUCCUCUCUGUUCCGUUUCUGGGCUGGCCUGACUCCCUACCAGAAAUCUUCUUAUCGCCUCAGAGGAUUGAGUCGGCUGCAGGCAUUAGAUGUCAUAACGAGGAUAGCGGAGCGGAGGAUUGUGGAAAGAAGGGAGGCUAUGGAACUGGAAAAACAGGCGGAGCGAAACCGUCUUGAGAGGUGUGGAGUUCCUGAGGUCUUUAUUCAAUGA